AUGAAAAGCCACUGCUCUCGCUUCUGUUCUGAAUGCAAAUUAUCAAUGUUUAGCAUUGACGAGUUUCCCAUCGGGAGACUCGACCUGAAGGAGACUUUCCAAAUGGGAAAGGGGUUUUGCUCGUCGGUUGGAAUCUUCAAAUCGAUCUCGCUGCUUAUUGCAAUCGGAUUCUUGGCGCAUGUCUUGGUCACAGACCGGGCACCUCUCUUUUAUCCUGCCUUCUACACAGCGUGGGGGCUGUUUUUUUCGAUAGGCUACCUUGCCGGUUCCUUACGACUAACGGCCUCAUCUUCCUCGUCGCUUUUCAACGAAACUGACGCCACGAGAUUGGUAAAGUUUACUUGGUUGCUCUUCUCCAUGUCUUCGGUUUUGGAAUGUGUCAUCACCUUACUCUAUUGGGGGUUCCGAUCUUCCAGUAUGGGGCCGAUUAGUGUGUCAGAUGUCACGACACAUGGAUGCAUUGGGGCCGUCGUUUUGCUUCAAGGAUUGCUAGUGGAUCAUAUGCCCUUGCGUUUGAAGCAUACAGUCGCUACGGUUCUCUUUACAUUUUUCUACCUCGUUUGGACGGUCAUUCAAAACGUGGUCAUCCAGUACAGUCCUUUUGACGAUGACGAGUCGGACGAUGACGCCAUUUACGAUGUUUUGAGAUGGAGAAAGCAUACGAUCCGGAGUCUGAUAAAUGCAUUGUCUAGUGUCUUUUUGGCUAUCCCAUUCUUUACGAUAUUCAUUUGGGCGUUAUCUCUUCCGGGAAGAAGGUACUUGGACCAGCCAGACGAGGAAUCCGCUAUGGAAGAAACGGAGCACUGCGAUGGGACCGAUAGCGAGGUUGAUCCUGAAUUUGUGGAAAUGCUAGAUUAUUUGCGAGAACAUCAGCCUGUGCGAUCAUCACAAAUUCGUCAUCCGUUUGCCGACGAAUUUCCGCACAUAUAG